CCUGACAGUUAAACCAUUACAAAAUACUAUGAAAUCUGGAGAUGACCGACUUCAGAAACACUAUCUAACAUUCGAAUCUUACCUCAGAAGAUGCAAAAAGGAUUUUGAAACCAAAAUUCAAGACAAGAUUGAUCAAUCCACGUUGUUCGAAGAUUUCAAACCUAUGAAGAUUCUGGGUACAGGUUCGUUUGGGAAAGUGGUGUUGUGCCAAUAUAAAGAUGAGGAAGAGCUGUAUGCGAUGAAAAUUAUGGAGAAAGUUAAUAUUGUGAGGACUAAGCAAAUUGUGCAUACAAUUUCCGAGGUUAAGUUUUUAGACGCUUUCAAGUUUCCUUUUAUAAUAAAUUUACAGUACUUUUUUAAGAAUAACGUCUACAUCUUUAUCGUCAUGCCUUUCAUCAACGGCGGAGAAAUGUUCUACCACUUAAGAUCUACCAAGAAAUUCGACGAAACGCUCUCUAAAUUCUACGCAGCUCAGGUUACGUUAGCCUUUGAAUACAUGCAUCAUAUGGGCGUUGUCUACAGAGACCUGAAGCCAGAAAAUAUUUUGAUAGACUCGACGGGAUACUUGAAGAUCACCGAUUUAGGCUUUUGCAAGAAGAUCGACAGUCAGAGGACAUAUACAUUGUGUGGUACUCCCGAAUAUUUAGCACCUGAAAUAAUUCUAAGUCAAGGAUACAAUUUUUCCGUGGACUGGUGGUCUCUGGGCGUGUUAAUAUAUGAAAUGUGCGCAGGUUUUCCUCCGUUUUAUGCCAAAGAUCACAUGAAACUAUACGAGAGGAUCGUUACUGGAAAGUUCACCUGUCCUCCUCACUUUUCCAGGGCAGUGAAGGAUUUGGUCAUCAAUAUUUUACAAGUUGACAGGAGUAAAAGAUUUGGUGUGAUGAAGGGAGGUUCGAGAGACAUUAAAGGCCACGAAUGGUUCAAAACUGUUGACUUCGAUCAGAUAUUUGCCAGAAAGUACAAACCUCUCUUUGUACCUCCUGUACAAGGCCAAGGGGACACUAAGUUCUUCGACGAAUACGGAGAAAUGAAACUCCGUGAAGGCUCCUUCAAUGAAUACGAAGAAGAAUUUAAGUCGUUCACACUUAGGCAAACACACCCACGUCUCGAGAAAUAAAAAAACUUAAAUUAUAAUAAGACUAUGACUAGGAAUAAGGACAUGAAUAAGACUAGCACUGAAUAGGAAACGCUGUAGGAACCUUCUAAUUUAAGCUAAAGCUCACCAAGUUCAGUGCUCUAAAGAAGAAAAAUUCAAUACUUCUAGCGACGAUUUAUCUCGAGCAAUCUUCACUAUCUACUCUCGUUAAUUGCUAAUAUACCGUGUCAUGUAAUUCUCCUAAUUUAUGUAUGUCUUCUUAACUUUUUGAAUUCAAUAAUAUUUUUUUAUUAUUAACAUCUAAGAUAUUUUACAAUCUGUUUCACAAUAAAGAUAAUAAGUAAAA